AUGUCGUCGGGCCAUCGCCGAGUGGUACGACAGACCACGGUCGGCGUCAAGCUGGACCCGGACACCGAGGUGCUUCCGCUGAUCGGGGCCAAGGAAGGAAUCGGCCACGCCGCCUUCUGCUUCCUCGACCCGGGCGACAUCGCCCUCGUGCCUGACCCGGCCUACCCGGUCUACGGCGUUGGCACCAUGUUCGCCGGAGCGGAGAGCCACAUAAUGCCGUUGUACGAGCGGAACGGGUGGCUGCCGGAGCUGGACGCCAUCCCCGCCGACGUGGCGCGGGCGGCGAAGGUGAUGUGGCUGAAUGACUAUCCCAUACACUGCCACCACUGCCAUCGCCACGGUGGUAGACUCUGA